GGUUGCUUCCAACGAACAACUGCCAUACCUGUCGUCGUCUCCACCCAGCAUCCCAUACUCAUGUGUGUCAAUGACGCAGCAGCUUGAUUUGAUCUGUCCAUAAUCCGCUAUAUAUGUUCCACUGGGAUGACACCUGACAGCAUGCACUCGUUGUAGCUGCAAAAUACGCAUCGAGCUAAUGGCGGCCGUGAGCGCCACCAACAAGGCCGCUGUGUUCCUCGCCGUCGCCGUCAUCUGCCUCCUGGCCGGCAGCAAUGCCGUGGCGGCGUUCAACUACGCGGACGCCCUCGACAAGGCGCUGCUCUUCUUCGAGGCGCAGCGCUCCGGGAGGCUCCCGCCGGGGCAGCGCGUGGCGUGGCGCGGCGACUCGGGCCUCUCCGACGGCUCCGCGGAGGGGGUGGACCUGGUCGGCGGCUACUACGACGCCGGGGACAACGUCAAGUUCGGCCUGCCCAUGGCGUUCACGGUGACCAUGCUGUCGUGGGGCGCCGUCGAGUUCGGCGACGCCAUGGCGCGCGCCGGCCAGCUGGAGAACGCCAGGGCCGCCGUGCGCUGGGGCGCUGACUAUCUGCUCAAGGCGGCCGCGGCGGCGCCGGACGCGCUGUACGUGCAGGUGGGCGACCCGUACCAGGACCACCGGUGCUGGGAGCGGCCCGAGGACAUGGACACCCCGCGGAGCAUCUACAAGGUGACCCCCGACAAGCCCGGCUCCGACGUCGCCGGCGAGACCGCCGCCGCGCUGGCCGCCGCGUCCCUCGUGUUCCGGGCCUGCGACCCGGCGUACUCCUCCAAGCUGCUCCAGACAGCUCGAAAGGUGUUCGAUUUCGCGGACAGGUACAGGGGCUCGUACAGCGACUCGCUCAGCUACGUGGCGUGCCCGUUCUACUGCUCCUACUCCGGCUACCAUGACGAGCUCCUGUGGGCGGCGGCGUGGCUUCACCUGGCGACGGCGGCGGGGAAGGGCGGCGGCGGCGCCGGCAACUCGUCGGCGGACACGUACCUGUCGUACAUCUACGCGAACGGGCACACGCUGGGCGCGGAUCAGGACGACUUCACCUUCAGCUGGGACGACAAGCGCGUGGGCACCAAGGUCCUCCUCGCCAAGGGAUUCCUGCAGCCGCACGCCGCCGGCGACAAGCCGGCGGCGGCGGCAGCCGGGCUGAAGCUCUACAAGGCGCACGCCGACAGCUACGUGUGCUCGCUGGUGCCGGGCGCCGCCGGGUUCCAGCCCUCGCAGUACACGCCGGGGGGGCUCCUGUUCAAGGAAGGCGACAGCAACAUGCAGUACGUGACCUCCACCACCUUCCUCCUCCUCGCCUACGCCAAGUACCUCAGCACCGCCGGCGCCUCCGUCUCCUGCGGCGGCGGCGGCGGCGCCGUGCCGCCCUCCGCGCUCGUCGCCGUCGCGAGGCGGCAGGUGGACUACAUCCUGGGCGCGAACCCGGCGGCGACGUCGUACAUGGUGGGGUUCGGCGCGCGGUUCCCGCGCCGCGUCCAUCACCGCGGCGCGUCCAUGCCGUCGGUGCGCGACCACCCGGCGCGCAUCGGCUGCGACGAGGGGUUCCGGUACCUGCACGCGGCGGAGCCCGACGCCAACGUGCUUGUCGGCGCCGUCGUCGGCGGGCCCGACGGCGGGGACGCGUACACCGACAGCCGCGACAACUACGCCCAGGCCGAGCCGUCCACCUACACCAACGCGCCGCUCGUCGGCGCGCUCGCGUUCCUCGCCGGCGGCCGCCGCCACUGACGAAGCUAGUACCUUGCACGUGUAAACUAGAGAUCUAUGGAUCGAUUGGUUAUGCUGCACAUAAGCGAGUGCAUGCAGGUUGUAUCCGUGGUGCGUGUCGUGUCAAGCAUGCCGAUCAGGUUUGCAGAUUUGCGCGGCCGAACAAAUGAGUCGCGCCGGAAAUGCAUCAUGUUCAGGCAUUCA